ACCAUGUUUAUUCAUUUCUUUUGUUCGUGUCCUUUAGACCUCACUAUCAAGCUGAAUUUUAAUAUAUCGAAAGUGGCUUAUUGAGUCACGACGGCGACCACGAAAACAUUAAAGAGGCAUUAUCUUCACAUGAACAACGAUGACGAACCUUUACAAACAGAAAGCAAUGGAGUAUUCCUCAGUCCACAGCACAGAGGUACCGUUACAGCAACCUAUGCCUGGCGGACAUCGCUUUUCUGGUGAUCUCGAAAACACAUCACGGCGACUUACUCCAGACAAUUCAAAUUCGUUUACCGCCGAAGCAAACUUUGACACACCAAAGAAGACGUUGAACGUAAUUGUCAAGAACUGGAAUGCCGUUUUAGUUGGCCAGUCAAACACCGCACAACUUGACUGUAAUUAUCAUCUGGACAAUAAGCACAAUCCUGAACGCAAACAUUCCUGGCAAGAAGAACCUCUUCCCGACAGCGGUCCAAAGGUCGAAGAAGAUUCGAGUAAACAACAGAAAGCGAAACUACAACACCAAUUGAAACCUUUUCAAGACACACAGAACACCAAAUUGGCUAUGUCGGGUGAGAUUGUGGUGGAUGUCGAGCCAGUGAUUCCUUUAAUUAAAAUACAAGGUCAUCUUCACGGAUCGACAUGCGAAAAAAUUAUGGAGCAACUUGCACAUUUGCAAGACAAUGGACAGUUUGAAAAACAUGAUCGAUUGGUUGCUACACACCUAAAAGGUUCCACUUGCAAAGAAAAUACUGACAUGGAAUUGGCCCUGAAAAUUGAGCGAGGAGUGGCAUUUUCUUACCAGAAAGAAUUCAAACAAAGCAAGCGCCUCUUCCUCUCAGUCAUAAACACUGAUACCGUUACUCAGCUAAUAAAUCCGAACAUUUUAUUAGCAAGAGCCUACUAUCGACUAGUACAAGACAACAGAUACAAAAGCAAUAUGAAACUAUCCAGUCUUUUUCAUUACCUGGAAAAAAGCGAGUAUUUACUGCAAAACCACGAUUCCCCCGAGGACUGGUCCAGGGUGUAUUACAACUAUGGCUCUCUUUGGUUGGCGUACAUGAGCACGAUCCCGGAUGACGAACGACAUGCGCAAGCGCGAAAUGACGCACGAAGAAAGGCGAGAUGUUACUUCGAAAAGACAAUUGAAUGCUGCAAGAAAGAUCCCAGAUUGAGAGUGCAGAUUAAACAACAGAUAUAUGGUCACCUACGAGUGGCAGCGCUAUUACUUGAUUGCACCUCGACGGUGGCUCGUAUUCGAAAAAAAGUCAUUCCCCCACAAGAUAUCGAAGAUGCUAUAAAACACUUGGAUAUUCUGGAGCGCCAACAUGGCAGCAACAUUCCUCGAGGUACCCGCGUGCAGAUAUUCAAGACGCGUUCUGACCAAUACUAUCGUCAAGGAUUGUAUCAACUGGCCAAAGAAACUGCCCAAGAUGCACUGAGAGUUGCAAGUCGUCAUGGAUUUAACACAGAGCUAGACUCCCUUCAAGAGCGAAUCGAUUUUCUCCAUCAGUUGUGCGAAGACAUGGCGUACAAAGAAAGAAUUAUCCUGGUCGAUGACAGUGAUGCUGAAACCUCUGGUAACAACGCCAGCUGUGAAAAAAGCGGCAGUGAAACGGAAAAGGAAUAAAAAAAAAAAGCCAGGCCUUAACAGUUUAAACAUUAUGCUUGAGGUCACUCAAUCUACGUCACUAAGCUGCCUUGAGAAAACUUCGCCGCAGCCGAACAUGUGACGCACUAAUAGAUCAAGAAACAAUAAUUCCAUGUUAUUCGAAUUUUGCGUUUACUGGGAAGGAAACAAUGCAUUGUAUUGAAUACUUUAGACUUUUUCCAACAGAAUAUACAGAUUUUCAUAACAGCAGCAACUGCACUUACGAGAAAUUGUCCACUCGUUACGUGGUCUUUCUGUGUAACCAAGAACAUUUUUGGCGAGUGUGUUCAGCAAGAAACAUGAAGUCACAGAUGGGGUGCUAACUUAAAGCCUUGCAAAACGUUUUCCCUUUUGCCUCUGAAUGCCAAAUUCAUUGGCAUUCAGAAGUAUUGUUAUGGGUGCGAAUUUAUCUAUGUCACUCGAUCAUUUCCAGUUAAUUUUGCAGCAAAUCCACUGACAGUGUACAUCACUUUAUCAUUUGAAAAUUGGCAGAUUUGCCGUUGGAUCUCUGAUGCGAAUAAUAAAAUAAUGGACUUUGUUUUCCAAGUCCGCUACCUCUGCUACCCUUAACUUGUAUACGUUUAAAUCUGUUUAAACCUUCGCCACCUUCUGGUGAUCUGAAACGAAAUGAAGUGGCCAAUAAUUUAUGUCCUGAACUAGAUAACCUUUAGGGGUAUUUUAUGCGUAGUGUUUAGUAGCGUGUAACCUGUCAUGAAAGUUCCAAUUUAAUUGUGUGACAGUUUAUCCUAUUUUUAAGUUGCGUGAUUUAGGGAAUCUUGUAGGAAUAAUAGAAAUCGGAAGCACGUGCCUGACAGUCUCAAUUAGUUCAGUCGAUGAUUACCAGUUAAUUAGCACCAGAUUGUAAACGCGUUUCAUCUUAUCGACAAAACAUGUAAGUUUGCGUGUCAGGUACUAUUCCGUGAUCAAAGAAACUGUUUAGAAAAGGUUGUAAGCCAAUCAAAUUAGGUUUCCCUUAGUUUUAAGGAGUGCCGUGUGUUGAGUCCUUUUAGUACAAGUACACAGUCAGAGCGAGAGAGGAAAGCGAACCUUGUGAUCUUAAUAAACUUGUGAAGUUUGCCUAGAACGGCCUGUUGAGUCUUGGCAUUCGCAACAUAACCUUCGCCACCUGAAACGAAAUGCCAAUAAUCUAUGUACUGUUAUUCGUUUGACUGUGUUGUUCUUUAGAAAGUAAACGAGGUCUUGAUAACAGAUUGCUAAGAUUGUAAACUUUGUUUGUUAAAAAGUAAUUGUUGCUGCGAAUACAGGAUAUUGAAAUGUU